GAGAGAGAGAGAGAGUAGAAGCAGCCAGACUUUAGGUUGGAGCGCGGAGACGCAUACAGCCGCAUCUGCAUACGGAGCAGGCUCCAGCGUCGGCGGCUACGUGGAUCCUGGAGUCUCGGAGUGGACCGGGAGCUCCUCCGCUGCGGGUGUUGUGAGAUCGACCCUCGCCAGAGGAGACAUGAAGACCUACAGAGGCAACUUGUGGUGUGCAGGGCUAAGACAUUAACACUUUGUGUGAUGUAGAAACACCUCUAAUUGAGUCUAUCCAUUGGCAUGAACAAGCCCAAAGAGCAAAGUGUUAAAUCUAACAGACCAGCCAGGAUGUCGUGGGCCAGAGGCCUGUUUGUGGGCAGAGUGGAUGAGCGAAAGACGGCGUGGGGAGAGCGCAAUGGGAAAAAGAAGAACAACAAGUCCUCGCUGUGCACUUCUCGCUACAUGAGCUGCCUGAGGGACCCCGAGGACCUGGAACCCCAGAAUGUGGCCCCCCACCAUUAUCAUAAUCGAGCGGGCACGAGUGGAGGAAACUCGGACCUACACUGUGGAUGGCAGGAGGACCACUAUGGAAAAAGGAUGGCCGAAGGCGUGGAUCUGGGUUUGAAGUCCGUAGACUUGGGCUUCGAGGAUGGCGAACUGAAUGGGAGGAAAGAGGAGGACUUAAGCGAGUCCGCCAAGGGUCGGUGCAAGGCUGUGAGCGCCACCGACUGCUGGAUGCGCCUAGCGUGGGUUUUUCACUCCAAGAAGUUCCAAUCGGCAAAACUGGAGCGUCUAUACCAGCGCUACUUCUUCCGACUCAACCAGAGCUCUCUCACCAUGCUAAUGGGGGUCCUGGUGGUGGUGUGUGUGGUCAUGCUGACCUUCCACUGCAUCCAGCGUGCUCCAGAUGUGGCCUACGUCUCCAUCCUCUGCGUCGCCAUGGCACUUUUCGUGGCUGUGAUGGUGGUGUGCAACCGCAACUGCUUCCACCAGGACUACAUGUGGAUCGUGAGCUACCUAGUUAUCGGGGUGCUGAUUGUGGUACAGGUGUAUGGGCUGCUGAUGGUGAAACCCCGCAGUGCCUCGGAGGGCGUCUGGUGGACAGUCUUCUUCAUCUACAUCAUCUACACACUGUUGCCUGUCAGAAUGAGGGCCGCUGUGCUUAGCGGCGUCACGCUCUCCGUCAUCCAUGCUGUGACGGCCUGGCAACGCAACCAAGAUGACAAGUUCAUCUCAGAACUGAUAAGUGCCAACGUUGUCAUCUUCCUAUGCGCCAACAUGAUCGGGAUCUGCACCCACUACCCUGCUGAGGUCUCCCAGAGACAAGCCUUCCAGGAGACCCGUGGAUACAUCCAGGCCAGAAUUCACCUGCAGAGAGAAAACCAGCAGCAGGAGCGCCUCCUGCUGUCAGUGCUUCCCAGGCAUGUCGCCAUGGAGAUGAAAGCUGACAUCAAUGCCAAGAAAGAAGAUAUGAUGUUUCACAAGAUUUACAUCCAAAAACAUGACAAUGUUAGCAUCUUGUUUGCGGACAUCGAGGGCUUCACCAGUCUGGCAUCUCAGUGCACAGCGCAGGAACUUGUCAUGACACUCAAUGAGCUGUUUGCCCGUUUUGAUAAAUUGGCAUCGGAGAAUCACUGCCUACGCAUCAAGAUUCUGGGCGACUGCUACUACUGUGUGUCCGGGUUGCCCGAACCUCGGGCCGACCAUGCCCACUGCUGCGUGGAGAUGGGCGUGGACAUGAUUGAAGCCAUCUCACUGGUGCGAGAAGUGACAGGGGUCAAUGUGAACAUGCGGGUGGGCAUCCACAGCGGGCGAGUUCACUGCGGCGUGCUGGGUCUGCGCAAGUGGCAGUUUGACGUGUGGUCCAACGACGUGACACUCGCCAACCAAAUGGAGGCCGGCGGGAAGGCCGGACGAAUCCACAUCACCAAAGCCACACUUCAAUACCUCAACGAGGACUACGAAGUGGAGCCCGGGUUCGGUGGGGAAAGGAACGCCUAUUUGAAGGAGAACAACAUUGAAACGUUUCUGGUGUUAGGCUGCAGUCAGAAAAGGAAAGAGGAGAAAGCCAUGAUGGCGAAAAUGCAGCGAGCGCGUGCAAAUUCCGCCGAGGGAUUGAUGCCACGUUGGGUGCCUGAUAGAUCCUUCUCCAGAACAAAGGAGUCUAAAGUCUUCAGGCAGAUGGGCAUUGACGAAGCAUCCAGCAAGGACAACCGCUGUGCUCAGGAGGCCCUGAACCCAGAGGACGAGGUGGACGAGUUCCUGGGCCGAGCCAUUGACGCUCGCAGCAUUGACCAGUUGCGCAAAGAUCAUGUCAAGAACUUCCUGCUCACUUUUCAAACUGCUGAACUGGAGAAAAAGUACUCCAAAAAGGUGGACGAACGCUUCGGUGGUUACGUGGCCUGCACCCUCCUGGUUUUCUGCUGUAUCUGUAUCAUUCAGAUGAUCGUUUUGAAAAUAACACCGCUAAUGCUGGGUCUGUACAUUAGCAUCUUCAUCAUCCUAACCAACAUCCUCUUCAUUUGUUCUAUCUACUCCUGCAUCAAACGCUUCCCGGUCACCAUGCAGGCGCUAACCAGGAAGAUUGUGCAUUCCCGUUCAAACAGCACACUGGUGGCUGUCUUCACCAUCCUCCUCCUGUUCAUCGCUUCCUUCGCUAACAUGUUUACGUGCAGCAGAACUGAACUGAAGGAAUGUGUCGCCGAGGAGCAGCGGAACACGACGGUGACGCUCUGUCUGCUACACAACCUCACCCUGGCGGCAAAGGACGGCGUGACUGUGUGUUCCAGCCAGGUUGUACCCUGCCCUUUCCCUCAGUAUUUCAGCUACAGUGUUCUGCUGACCCUGCUGGUCUGCUCGGUGUUCCUCCACAUCAGCAGCAUCGGGAAGUUAGCGCUCAUGCUGCUCAUCCAGCUCGUUUUCCUCCUGCUAGUGGAGUGGCCUCAGGUGGUCCUGUUCGACAAUGCCGACCUGCUGGUCAAAGCAAACACGCUGUCUGGUUUCAAUGCCACAGCAGAACAGUGCCUGGAGAGCGUGUCCAAAGUGCCCCUAAAGGUCAUGACCCCCAUCAUCCUGACCGUCUUUGUUCUGGCGCUGUACUUGCACAGCCAGCAGGUGGAGUCCACCGCACGCCUCGACUUCCUCUGGAAGCUGCAGGCUACCGAAGAAAAGGAGGAGAUGGAGGAGCUGCAGGCGUACAACCGCCGCUUGCUCCACAACAUUCUGCCCAAAGACGUCGCCGCCCACUUCUUGGCUCGCGAGCGUCGCAACGACGAGCUGUACUACCAGUCGUGUGAGUGCGUAGCUGUCAUGUUUGCCUCCAUCUGCAACUUCUCCGAGUUCUACGUGGAGCUGGAGGGCAACAACGAGGGCGUCGAGUGUCUCCGGCUGCUCAAUGAGAUCAUCGCCGAUUUCGAUGAGAUCAUCAGUGAGGGGAGAUUCCGUCAGCUGGAGAAAAUCAAAACCAUUGGUUCCACUUACAUGGCCGCCUCCGGCCUCAAUGUGUCCAGCUACGACCGAGAGGGUCGCUCGCACAUUCUAGCCAUGGCCGACUAUGCCAUGAGGCUCAGGGAGCAAAUGAAAUAUAUCAACGAGCACUCUUUCAACAACUUCCAAAUGAAAAUCGGGCUGAACAUGGGACCAGUGGUGGCUGGGGUCAUUGGAGCCAGGAAGCCCCAAUAUGAUAUCUGGGGGAACACGGUGAAUGUGGCUAGUCGAAUGGACAGCACCGGAGUACCAGACUACAUUCAGGUGACCACGGACCUCUACCACGUGUUGGCCAACAACGGCUACCAGCUAGAUUGCAGAGGACUGGUCAAAGUGAAGGGCAAGGGUGAAAUGACGACUUACUUCCUGACCAGUGGCCCCCCUAGCAGUUAACCAUGGACCCCAAACCACUCCACAGGGUUGACAAAUGCUGGCGGUGUCUUGUCCCCUCCACCCACACCCAACACACACACACACACAGGAUUCUCAAGGUGGCGUUUGAAGGAUUUCUAUCUUUUUUUUUGUACAAGUGAGCACAAAGCCCAUUUGCCUUAGGACAGGAGUGUGCUUUUUUUGUAUGAGCUGCACGAGUAUUUUCUCUGGACUAUUAAUUUAUAUUAUUUCCUUUGUGCAGAUGUACAGUAGCUACACGUAUGUAGAGAUUAUGAUGGAGGAACACGGCCAAAGAACAACACAGAGACUCUGUCCCAACUACGCUGUACAACUCGGGUUUGCGUGGUCAAGUCACUGAGGGACACACAAACAUUCAAUGCGUAUCUUCAGGUGGACUAAAUCACCACUGAUAACAAGCGCAAACAAUAUGCUUGACGUGAGUGAGUGAUUGAAACAGACUGCUGAACUUUUCCUACAAAGCAUACUGUAAUUAUUCACUGUGAGCUUUUUUUUUUUUCUAUACGCGAUGACGCUUUCUUGUUUGCAUGGUUUCUAUUAAUCUCCAGACUUCUGGUGAUUGUAAGAGGAUAUUGUCGACGUUGAUGCCAAUGUCAUUCCAAGCAAAAAUACUUCAAAGCAAACUUAACUGUGUGGACAGAGCGCAUAUGCAGGGACUUUCUUUGUUUUGAUGUGAACCAUUUGCAAUGGACCAAUUUUCCAAACACUUGUUUUUGUCACCCGUCAAGUAGUCCGUCGAAUGUAUGUCAGAACAAAGGUGAUAUGACCACUGAAGGACAAGCACCGCUUUGGGGUUCCCGUUUGCUGCAAAGGAAAACGGUGUUCAGGACUUGUGCUGUACAUGCACUGCAGUGUUUAGGAGUUGACUCUUCCGUGGAGAUCCACAAUGUUUAUGCCUUAAAGGUGACAUCUUUGCCUGAAAAGUCAACCAAAUGCCCCCAUAGUCAGUCUCUUGGAUAGGAGAGCAGCAAAUGAUUCAUUUUGCCUUAAUUGUAUGUCCCUUUCUUGUCUGUUGAUGCACUUCUACAGCACGCCUGUAGUCUCUAUUUUACAAAAUAAAAGAAAAUUGUCUAAUUG